AUGUUGUGGUGGCUUCUCCUCGUGGCGGCGGCCAUCGCGGUCGCGCUGUACAUGCGACAGAGGCGACCUCUGUACGAGUUCAGCAAAGCUUACCCUAUCGAUUUGGCGAGCUACCCUCUCAUCGGCCAGUCGUAUAUAUUCUGGGGCACGGAUGAAGACCGAAUGAACGCAUUAAUAAAAAUGGGCGACGAGUCACUCAAAAACGGAGGUAUCUCAACGAUGUGGAUGGGGACCAAGCCAUACGCAAGCAUUAGCGACCCUGAGCUGCUGGAGGUGGUGGCCAAGGCGUGUCUGGAGAAGGACGCCACAACCAUGAAGUACCUGAGGUUAGUCCUCGGCAACGGACUCAUAUUCGCACCGACUAAGAUCUGGCGUCCCCGCCGCAAGGUAAUGGCGCCGACGUUCAACAUGAAGAAUCUGCAAGAGUUCGUGACGGUGUUCGACAAGCAGAGCAGCAUCAUGGUGGCGCAGCUGCGCGCGCAUGACGGCGGGGGGGACUUCUCCUUCUGGGAGUUCAUUACUGCCUACACCUUCGACGCUAUUUGCGAGACAGUCCUAGGCAUGGAGCUGAACGCGCAGAAGGAGCGGCACCACCUGUUCAUCGAGGCCUUCGACGUGCUCGUCCAGAUCCUCGCCAAGCGCAUGCUGUCGCCCUGGCUCUACUGGGACUGGGUCUUCAGGCUCACGCCCCACUACAAACCUUUCAUCACGCAGAGAAAAAUAGGCUUCGACUUCUUUGAUAAGGUUAUACUUGACAGAAGAAAAGAACUGGCAGAACGAGGGGCUGAUGACGAUCUCAAGGACCGCAAGUCGUUCCUCGACAUGAUGAUCGUGGCUAGCGGAAGAGGCCGGGGCUACACGAACAUCGAGCUGCGCGAGGAGAUUAUCUCCAUCGUGUCGGCCGGCACGGACACCUCGGCCGUUGGCACCGCCUUCGUCGCGCUCAUGCUGUCCAGGCAUCCCAGGGUUCAGGACAAGGUCUACGAAGAAUUGAAGGAGGUGUUCGGCGGGUCGGACCGGCCGGUAACGUGGCAGGACCUGCCGCGGCUGAGGUACAUGGAGGCCGUCAUCAAGGAGACCCUGCGGCUGUACCCGCCCGCGCCCGUCGUCGUCAGGGAUGUGCAUGAGACGGUUGUAUUACCAAACGGCGCGACCCUACGCCCCGGGAUGGGCCUGGUGCUGCACUUCUGGGCCACGCACCGCAACACCAAGUACUGGGGCGAUGACGUGGAAGAGUUCAGGCCUGAGAGGUUCCUGGAAGGGCCGCUGAAGCACCCCGCGCAGUUCGCGGCCUUCAGCUACUCGCUAAGGAACUGCAUCGGAGGUAACUACGCCAUAAUGUCAACGAAGACGAACCUGUCGAACCUGCUGCGCCGCUACGAAGUGCUGCCGCCGCUGAGCGUGCCGCCCGACCAGCUGCUGGCGCCCUUCAGGGUGAAGUUCGACGUCAUGAUGAAGCACUGCGACAACUUCGAGCUCAGGAUACGGAGCAGACACAACGGACGAGGGAAAAAGUGAUCCAGCAAAACAAAGUGCGCAAGAAUGAGGGUCUGUGAUGGAUGUGCUUUUAUAGUCUG